UUCCCUUCCUUUGCACGCGGUUGAAGAGACCGGUAGGCCUGGACGACUUGUGCUGAAUGAUGCCGGGAAAACUCCGUAGUGACGCCAGUUUGGAAUCAGACAUGGCCAUGGAAAAGCUGGAGACCCGGCGAAAGCAAAACGUGAAGAAAGAUAGAAAAGAGCAGCCAAAGUCUAAUAAGACUGAAGAAUGUGCAGAAGGAAAAGAAGAAACUCUUACCCCCAAAACCAAAAAAGUUAAAAACAAAUCAGGGCCUUCUGAAGCUGAUACAAAUUCUCCUAAAUCCAAAAAGGCAAAAAAGCAAGAGGAGCCUACUCAAGAUGACAUUAUUUCUCCUAAAACCAAAAGUGCAAAAAAGAAAAAGGAAAAGGAGCCUCUUGAAAAGGAAGUUGUCUCUCCUAAAACCAAAAAAGUAAUAAAAAAUGAUGAACCUUCUGAAGAAGAUGUGGAUGCUCCUAAACCCAAGAAAAUGAAGAAAGAGAAGGAAGUAAAUGGAGACAUUGGAGAGAAAAGUCCCAAACUAAAGAAUGGAUUCUCUCAUUCUGAACCUGACUCCAAUGAAGCUGCCAGUGAAGAAAGUAACAGUGAAAUAGAGCAGGAAAUACCUGUGGAACAAAAAGAAGGUGCUUUCUCUAAUUUUCCCAUAUCUGAAGAGACUAUUAAGCUUCUCAAAGCCCGUGGAGUGACCUUCCUGUUUCCUAUACAAGCAAAGACGUUUCACCAUGUCUAUAGUGGGAAGGACUUAAUUGCACAGGCGCGGACAGGAACUGGGAAGACAUUCUCCUUUGCCAUCCCUCUGAUUGAGAAACUUCAGAGUGAGCUGCAAGAUAGGAAAAGAGGCCGUCCCCCUCAGGUUCUGGUUCUUGCACCUACAAGGGAGUUGGCAAGUCAAGUAAGCAGAGACUUCAGUAACAUCACAAAAAAGCUUUCAGUGGCCUGUUUUUAUGGUGGAACUCCCUAUGGAGGUCAAAUCGAAAAAAUGCGGAAUGGGAUUGAUAUCCUGGUUGGGACGCCAGGUCGUAUCAAAGACCACCUACAGAAUGGCAAGCUAGAUCUCUCCAAACUUAAACAUGUUGUCCUGGAUGAAGUUGACCAGAUGUUGGAUAUGGGUUUUGCUGAUCAAGUAGAAGAGAUUUUAUGUGUGGCAUACAAGAAAGAUUCUGAAGACAAUCCCCAAACAUUGCUUUUUUCUGCAACAUGCCCUCAUUGGGUAUUUAAUGUUGCUAAGAAAUACAUGAAAUCUACAUAUGAACAGGUGGACCUGAUUGGUAAAAAGACUCAGAAAACAGCAAUAACUGUGGAGCAUCUAGCUAUCAAGUGCCACUGGACWCAGAGGGCAGCAGUUAUUGGAGAUGUGAUCCGAGUAUAUAGUGGUCACCAAGGGCGUACUAUCAUCUUCUGUGAAACCAAGAAAGAAGCCCAAGAGCUGUCACAGAAUGCAUCUAUAAAGCAGGAUGCCCAGUCAUUGCAUGGAGACAUUCCACAGAAGCAAAGGGAAAUCACCUUGAAGGGUUUUAGAAAUGGUGAUUUUGGAGUUUUGGUAGCCACCAAUGUUGCUGCACGUGGGUUAGAUAUCCCUGAGGUUGAUUUGGUUGUACAAAGCUCUCCACCAAAGGAUGUAGAGUCCUACAUUCACCGUUCUGGGCGGACGGGUAGAGCUGGAAGGACAGGAGUUUGCAUCUGCUUCUAUCAACACAAGGAAGAAUAUCAAUUAGCACAAGUGGAGCAAAAAGCGGGAAUUAAAUUUAAACGAAUAGGUGUUCCUUCUGCAACAGAAAUAAUAAAAGCUUCCAGCAAAGAUGCCAUCAGGCUUUUAGACUCUGUCCCUCCUACUGCCAUUAACCACUUCAAGGAGUCAGCCCAGAAGCUGAUAGAGGAGAAGGGAGCCGUGGAGGCUUUAGCAGCAGCUCUGGCACAUAUUUCAGGUGCCACAUCAGUAGAUCAACGCUCCUUGAUCAAUUCAGAAGCGGGUUUUGUGACCAUGAUCUUGAGGUGCUCAAUUGAAAUGCCGAAUAUUAGUUAUGCUUGGAAAGAACUAAAAGAGCAACUGGGCGAGGAUAUUGAUUCCAAAGUGAAGGGAAUGGUCUUUCUGAAAGGAAAGCUGGGUGUUUGUUUUGAUGUUCCUACUGCAGCAGUCACAGAAAUACAGGAGAAAUGGCAUGAUUCACGACGCUGGCAGCUCACUGUGGCCACAGAGCAACCUGAGCUGGAAGGACCACGGGAAGGAUAUCGAAGCUUCAGGGGUCAGCGAGAAGGCAGCCGUGGUUUCAGAGGACAGCGGGAUGGAAAAAGAGGCUUCAGGGGACAGCGGGGAGGAAGUAGAAACUUCAGAGGAGGAUCAGGAGGUGGAAACAAAAGCAACAGAUCCCAAAACAAAGGCCAGAAGCGGAGUUUUAGUAAAGCAUUUGGUCAGUGAUUAGAAGUAGAGGAUUUGUGUGGCAGAAUCAGGACUAUGGCACCAUGGAACUGAGUGAUAUUUUUCACACAGAGUUAAAGGCAGGUUGUUUCCUUUUGACCACUUGGCCAGUCCAUAUCCCCAGAAGAAAGACRGGCUUAAUCUAAAUUAUUUCAUCUGAUCAUUAUCAUUUCUAACUUUAUUGCUUUUAUCGGGUUUCCUUUUGAAAAGUAAUGAAUUGAUUACAUUGUUAUUCUGAUAUAUUCUCUGUAGAUAUAAGAUAGAAUCAAGCAUGGAUGUCUAUACUUGUAAGUUGAUCUUCUUGUGUUUGUGUGCUGGGGAUUGAACCCAGGGCCUCCCACAUGCUAAGCAUGUGCCCUGUCACUAAGCUACUUAAUAGUAGCUUAAUAGUGUCCUCUUAAUAGUAUGCUCUUAAUAGUAUGCUUCCCUAAAGUAAAUAUUUACGGGAAUACAACAAUCUGUGAAGGACCACAUUAGCCUUUAAAAGUCAAAAGCUUUGUUUUGUAAUUGGUAUCUUCAGCCUCCUGCCAGGUACUUACUUGUGUGGUCCUAUAAUUUGCCUUCUGAGAAUUUAUACUGAGCAAUGUUUUGAAAUGAGUUUCAAACUUAGCUAGGUUGUGAUAGUUUAUGCCUGUGUAUAUGGUCUAGAUUUGAAGGAUGAAAUAACAUUCAAUAUAGAUUACCCAUGGUCAUGUGCAUUUUUAAACGCUUUUAGCUUCUCACUGUAAGGUGAGUCAUGCUUCAGUAAGUUCUUCACAGAUAGUAUAUAUAGAGAGAAAUACAUUUUGAUAGAAAGCCUGUGUCUUUAAGGAAUUCCACGUGUAUAAGAUGGCUAUGUAGCUUUCUUUGUAAAUAAGGAGGCUAGAUAAAUAGUGUUUGAAUGAUUGUACUCCACUUCUUCCUAUUGGAAGAUCAACAUUAUUAAGAAGGAAUUAAGGGAAUAGGGGACAUAGGUUUGUGUAGAGUAUGUGCAAAAAAACUCACUGAAAAUAUUCUUUACAUGUAAGAAGGAAACAAUAAGUGAAAAGCAAAGAGUACAAGUGAAGAUGCAUGAUAAAACAUUAUUUUAAUGAUUGAUGUGUUAUUUCAAGAGGUUUACUUCUAAUGGGCAAGCUGGGGUUUUGGGGGAGAAUGGUCUGCUGUAGUUUCUCAAUAGCCUAGAUUUUAAAGCCACAGAGUAGGACCUGUUUCUGUAAAACCGAUUCUCUCUUGAAAUGCUUUCAUUGAUUAGAGACUUCCUUUAAGACAAACUGAAUGGUUAUUUAAGUUGUUUCUCUGUGGGAACUGAAUACUUACUGUAGCUCCUGUCAGAUAACUACACCUGAGGACUUCAGUGUUUGUUGGAAACAUUCUACACAGCAUAGGCGCUCCAGAGUGGCAUUGUCCUCUUGCCUUAAUUUCUAGAAAUUGUCUUUGAUCUGUUUUUUUCCUCUAAUUGCCUCUCACUUGA